UAACUUUCAUCCAAACUUCAUUCCUAUCUCUGACUGCCACUGGACUAGAACAGUUUCUCUAUCAAAUUAAAAAAAGAAGGAAAAAAAAUAAAUCUUCAAUUAAAAUGAUGGAGGAGGAGGAUACAUGUGAAGCAGUGCAUGAUGUCGAUCUGUUAACGCCCAACGAAUGGAUCAAGAAUAUCCUCAGUUUUGGAGUCAUGGGCAUCGCUUUAAUUUACUUGCUGUACGUCCAAGUAGUCGAACGCCAAUGGCUGGGACGUGUACGUAAUUUUUUCGGGAGAAAGCCGGACCCAUUGGCCCUAGAGUCUGAUGGCAGUGACGAGGACGAUAGCAUUAUACUAGAAGACGAUGAAUUUCUAUUUAGGAAUCUCAAUCCUAACCAGAGCGUGGAGCAGUAUCGCCGUCAGCGUUUCGAGGCAGCCGCUGCAGCAUUGGAUCACUCUGGAGUCCAGGAGGUGUAUAAUUUACCCAUAGAGGCAGAACCACUUCGCCGACGCGAAAAUUUGGAUUAGAGGACUGGAAUUAUGCCAUUCAACUCUUAAUCCACGAAUGUCACAAUAAAUAGAACAAUUACGGAACGGACAUUUGAAGACCACGAUCUCCGUAUCCGUCGACUUAAUAAAAUUCCCGGCCCAGCCGUAAUCCUUUGAAAUUAA